CUUGCAUGAAAUCAUAGCGGCGCUACACCUUGUCGAGUCACAUCGUUGCGUGAACCACUUCGUAGCAGCUUCCCUGAUCCUCGUCCAUGAAAGCGACCACUGGAUUCCUCUCGAGCUUCAUGCCUGGGAAGAAGUCCUCGGCUCCGCCAACGCCAACAAACUCUGGGCCUGCGCGGACAAGCGAUUUUCCUUCGUCGACCACGGGUGCGAACCCGUUUGCGUCCAUCGCGCAACCCAUCACAUCUACAACGGCGGGUAACCCAUUCGCCGCCUCGUCGUCUUUGUCGGCAGAGCCCCCUGCGAAGAAUCCGUUCGAGACACCAUCGGCGAAUCCAUUACCCCCUCCCUCGGCCCCUCGAACCCAGUCUGGACAUGCAUCCAACAACUCUUCACCAUCAUCGAAUCCGUUUGCCACGCCAUCCUCAUCCUCGAGGAACCUAUCCAUCGACCCCACGAUGCCAGCCGCCACCAUUCGCUCCACCGACUCGAAUUCGUCCGCGGGCAGUCACCACAGCUUCUCAAAGUCAUCCAAGCCGCCGCCAAUGUCUUCUUCCACGACGCCGACGUCCAGUAUGCGCGGCAUGAUGUCGUCGGCGUCCUCGUCUGUGUCCAAGAUGACAUCCGCGUUCACGUCGGCGUCUGUCAUCAUGGCACCGGUCAAGGGCAUCGGCGCCAUGACAUCGGCGGCCGGGUCGGUCGUCGGGUCGGCUAUGGCCCCCGUCGGCAAAGGCCUUGGCGUGAUGACGUCCGCGGCGGGGUCGGCGGUCUCGUCGGCCGCCGACAUGCUCAUGCCUGCCGACUUUCCCAAGCUCUUUGCAUCGUCGAAAACCGACAUUUCAGGUUUUUACCAUCCAGACAUGGACAACGACUCUACGUCCAACGACGUGUCGGACGAGACCCGCGAGUUUCUCGCUGUAUCAGGGCACAACCUCCACUCGGUCCUGUCCAACCCUCGCGGCGGCAACUGGGGCGACGCGCUGCUCGACGCCCUCACACUCCCCGGGGAGACGGAAGCUGUCCUCUCGGCCAUGCUCACACUGCCGACCAUCAGCCGCCGCGAUUUUGACGGGUACAUGAAGAACCUGAGCGAGUCGAGCGCGCUGUACGCGAAAAACCACGAGCGGCCAGUGAGGGAACAGCUUGCGUCGGCAAACGUCCCGACUGUCCAAGCGGCCAACGAGGACGUAGCGCUGUGCUUUCAAGCCGUACCCUCGCUGUACUUUAAGCCCGAUUUCGAUCUGACCAACCCCGCGACUUUUGACGCUGUCGUCGCGACCGAUUCAAUCCAAGUAUCCCAGGAAAAGUUGUCUGGGUACUUGGAUCGUGUCGAAGUGAGUUUGCUUCGUCAAGUGUCGUCGCGGUCGGAUCGGUUCUUCGAAGCGUCGACUAGUCAAGGGGAUAUGCAAAAACGCGUGACCCAAGCCUGUGACCAAGUGCGCCACUUGCGGACAACGAUGGACCGGCUACGCAAUUCGUUGGCUGACAAAUCGCUUGCGAUCUUGCAACUGCAUCGCAAACAGAAACGUCUGGUCGACUUGCACGAGCUGAUGGUCCAGAUCGAAGACUUGAAGCACACAGAGAGCAGCGUGGAGGCACUUGUGCACGGCCACGACUACACGGGCGCGCUCGACGUGAUCGACCGAGCACUGACGACGAUUCACCAGAUGACGGGUAUCCACUGCGUCCGGGCGGUGGGCGACAAGCUGCUUGCGUACCGGAGCUUUAUCGGGGUACAAAUGGCGGCGCGGUUCACGUCGGUUGUGACGUCCCCCGACUGGCCAUUUUUUGAUGCCACACUGGCACAGAAAAACAAUUCUACCACCCAGCCCCCGUCGUCGUUGGCGUACCAGCGCCUCCAGCUCAAGCAAAAGGAGACGACAGAGGAGAUGCAGCAGCUCAUGGACGCUCUUUUCCGCGUCGACCUCGUGCCCGACGUCAUGGCCAAGUACCGCGGUCACAUGACGGACGAGAUCAAGAUUGUGGUCAAGACUGUGGUCAGCGAAACCAUCGCGACGUCGUCGUCGUCCGACCCCGCGGCGCCAGACGUGAGCUCGCAACUGCGCGCGCUGAGCUCGGAGGAGUUUUUGAACUGCGUGCAAAUGAUCUUUGAGCACUUGUUGGUGGUGCUACAGCGCGCCAUGUCGGUCCAGACGAUGCUAGCCCACAUGUAUAACGUCGCGGCAAAGUCCGACGACGACGUUGCUGACACGUCAGAGCCACGACGGGAUGCGCCUGCCGCCGCCGACUGGUCGCCAGACUGUGACACAGAUGCAAGCGUGCAUGAUGAAGGAGGGUCAGAACGACUGGGCGAGUGGCAAGAGAAGAAGAAGGCGAGUAAAAUCAUCAAAGAACUGGAAGACGCGAUUCGGAAAACGUGCGAGUUCUCACAGCGCAGUGUGUCCAACCUGUUUGGCGUGCGAAAAGAAGUCCAGGCCAACUAUACCAUGCCCCAGCUGCGGUCGCUAUAUGACGCCACGAUGGCGUUCGUGGUACAGAUCGAACAAUCGACGGGCAAGACCGACUACACGCUACGCGGCGCCUUGUUCAACCAACUCAAGCUCUUCCUUGAAAAGUAUCACCAAGCCCAAACCACCAAGCUCGUGUCCACCCUCAACCAUGAAUUGUGGAAAAAUGCCGAGAUUUCGGCGGCGAGGCAUGCCGCCCUCGUCGAUGUCGCCACCGGCAAGGGCGUAUCGCUCGUGCUAUCGCAUGACCAAAGCGUCGGAGCCGACACGGCGGCGCCGUUGAAACAGCUGACGCUCCCCACUGCAUCGUUUCGAGUGGUGUGGUCGGUGCUACUUGCGAUGGAGAUUGUGAUGAAUUACUUGAGUUUGGCCGUGAAUUUCCCAGUGUUGGCCACCGACGUACUCCAACGAACGACGGAAAUCCUGCGGUUGUACAAUUCGAGGACAACACAGCUGGUGCUGGGUGCUGGCGCGAUGCAAGCGGCGAAUUUGAAGAGCAUUUCCGCCAAACACUUGGGGCUGGCAUCGCAGUCGUUGGAGGUGAUCGUCGCGUACAUCCCGCACAUCAAGUGUCAGCUAUCGGCGUUGCUCACCCAGCGCCAGAAAUUGCUGCUGGACGACUUGGACAAGGUAUUGCAAGACUAUGUCGAGCACAACAGCAAGAUCUUUGGCAAGUUUAUCAGCAUCGUUGAAGACCAAAUCAUGAAACAAUUUCUCGAGCAUAUCGACCGCGAUGUCGACUAUGAUGACCCGACCCUUGUGCUCCCGACCGCGCCGCUCAAAGGCAUUGCACAAAACACAGUCAAGCUGUACCAGGUGCUAAGUCCGGUGCUGCCGCCGCUGCAGAUGCAGGCCGUGUUCUCGAGGGUAUUUGACAUGCUCGAGCACAAAAUGCCCAGUUGCUUCAAGGCCGUGCAGCCCCACACGGCCGCCGGCAAGCGGCGCGUCGUGGCCGAUGUGGUCGCGUUCGUCGACAGCUUUCACGAACUCCGAGGUGUUGUCGACCUGCGAGGUGACCAGCUCGUAGCGCAUUUUAAAUCGAGCUAUGAAUAAACAAACAGCAAACACACCCCUUGUUCCAA